CAGGGCAUUCUCUGUGCCGCGGAUGAUACGAUCGAACCGCCCCGGAAAGCGGUUGAUCGGGAUGGCAAGACGAUUUUUGAUAUCGAUGGGGUGGGCGCGAUGCAUCAGUGUCGGGGUGCGAGGGUGCUGUGGGAGACGUCGAUGAGAUCGGUGGAUGAGCCGAUGGAUAUGGCGGGUUGGCAGGCGGGGGUGGGUGCGAGGGAGUUUCUGGGAGAGAGAAUGGUCAAGGAGAAGAUGGAUGUACCGGAUUUGUAUACUUUGGGGAUGGAGGAGGAAGCAGGAUGAGGAAGAGGUU